GUACCUUUCGCUGUUGACCCCUUUUAGCUCGUUCGCCCAGCGCUUUGUCCACGCACUCGCGUCACAACAAUCGUCCAGCCCGCACGUGCGGCCAGUGGCUGCUGCACAAAUUGGCCUCGCUUGAUUAUUAGCUGGCAGCAAAAGUUGUUAAACAAAAACUAAGGAAAAAGGAAUAUAUAUCUAUACAUUGAUAAUUGGCAGAGUUGAGCGAAUUAGUAAUUGGCUGGCAACAAGGGCCUGGGCUAUUGCAACAAGUUGUGCGAGGCUGAGUUUAACCUUGGCCUAGUUGUCCGGUUGUGUGUGUGUGCGUGUGCGUGUGUGUGUGUGGGCGGGCGCACGGCAACAGCCAAGGCAAAUGAUUGGAGAGCUUGGCUGUCCCAUUGGCAUGCCCACAGCAAGUGCGUUAAAUGCAGCUGCCAGCGCAACGCCAGCAACAGCAACAGCACCAGCAGCAGGCAUCAUCAUUGUCAGCAGCAGCAGCGACGGCGGCGGCAGCAGCAACACUGGCCCAAAUACAGCCACUGCCAAUACACAUCACUAUCAGCAGCAACAGCAACAGCAACAACAGCAGCACCAACAGCAACAACAGCAACAACAGCAGCAGCAACAGCAACAUAAGCAUCUUCAGCAGCAACAGCAGCAGCAAUAUCAUCAACUGACCAACAACAUGAGCAUGCUGAAUGUGAAGAGUGGCGGACGCUAUCUCUGGACGGAUCGUGAGCUGCUGAUGCAUCUGCAGAACUAUACGCCGCUCAUCUUGCUAAUCGAUUUUGUGGAGAAGACACGCACCAAGCGCUUCUACGAGAGCUCCGAGCGCUAUGAGAUCCUGAUGCUGGUCUUCAUCAUGCGCAAGGGCGCGCCAUUCUGUGAGAACAAACGCUUUCCGGCGGAGUAUUGGGUGAACUUGUCGGUCGGCCCGGUGGCCGAGGCGUUUGAUCGACUGCAGGCGGCCAUCGAUAUACCGGACCCACAGCUGCCCAUCCACAUGAGCGUCACGGACCUGACCACCUGGAAGGAGAUGUUCGAUGGGGCGAUGAUUGACAUACGCCGUUUCGCCUAUUAUACGGAUCCCAUGCAGCUGGCCGAUGUGGGCGUCUAUAAUCGCAUUACGUUCGAGCAGCGUUUCGCCAUGCAGUGGCAGGAAUAGAUGACCUUGACCUAAGACACACAAACAACCCCCCUCCCAGUCGCCCCUCCCUCUGCCCCACACUUGUUGGCUCGUGUAGUUGAGCUAGAAAGACGUUUGCCAAAGUGAAAUGAUUCAACAAAUAAGUAAUUGAUUUACUACUGUAUAUUAGAGUCUUAUAAAGCAACCAUGUACCGUUAGUCUCAAUUAGUUGCUUUGCUGUUAAGGUUAGGUUUUAAUUUUCAUUUAUCUAAUACG